GAGCGUCGAUUUCGUAUAGCGUGGACGGUUAGGAUCUAUCAGGUUCACCAUAUAAAUAUCUCCUAGUAGGGUAGGGCUGUAUUUGUUUGUUGACUUUAUUUCGCUUCCAUUUAGGGUUUUGCAGCAGCAGCGCAUAAACCCUUUAUACGAUCUAAUGGCUCCGAGCAACGGCCCGUCUGCCGCUGAGAGAGAUCAGCUUAUUGGGAUGAUGGAGAAGGAGAUGGAGUAUAGGGUUGAAAUGUUUAACAAGCUUACUCACACAUGUUUCAACAAAUGCAUUGAGAACAAGUAUAAGGACUCAGAGUUAAACAUGGGUGAAAACAGUUGCAUUGACCGCUGCGUAGCAAAAUAUUGGCAGGAUCUCUGCUUUUCAAUCAGAUUUCCCUUAAUCACUCAGUAUGAGCAGGGAUGACUGAUGAUUAUCCCAGAAACCAAAUUAAACCUGUAUAAAGCUGCAUUUAUCAUAUAGCCUUUGGAAUGCCACAAGAGCAACAUGUAUUAUUAAUAAUCUUUGUAUCAUGCUAUCUCUGAAAUUUGUUUUCACUUCAUAGAAAUGUUUGGUUGGAUAGGUUCUUCAACAUAUGUGGCAGCUAGUUUCUUCUGUUUACUUCUCUGUAUGGCCUUUCUUGACUGGUUUAUUUAUUU